AUGAAGCGCAACCUCAUGAAAAUUUGUGAUACCCUACGGAAGAAGGGCAAGCAAGUCUGUCUGGCCACAGUCGCGAGUCCAGAUCCAACUGCCUCUGAAGCAGACAGCGAGAGCAUGACACUCAACACAGCCCUCGAGCAGUUUUGCAAGAGUACGUCGACGGAAGAGGCACCUGUUAUUCUGGGACCACGCCUCGACACGUACGCGUUCCGCCGUGAGAGCGCACUCUCGUACGACAAGUACCACUUCAACUCGCACUCGUACGGACAGCUAGCUCGCAACACGGCGGAUUUCUUGAUCCCCAUGAUGACGGCCGUGGAAUGGACCACCUGGAAAGAGCAGCUCGGUCACGUCACGUACGACAAGGCCUUAUACGACUAG